GUCAGCCUCUCCGUUAACGUUCAGAGAGCCGGCGACCAAAUCCCGAGACCCAAUCGAGCCUCCAUUGCAGCGAGCUCGAGGAGACAGCUCGGUGGAUCUCGAUUCACCUGCGGAAGACUGCUAAGUUCCAAGCUCCGGCGAGCUCAGAGGCCUCAUACUUGACCCAGAUCCAUGUCCUCCUGAUCCCGCCAACCCCUUCCCUCCCGCCCUCUUCUCUGGCUCUGAAGAAGAUAGAAGAGAGAGAAGCCGCGUGAAGGUUGCUCACAGGCUCGGAAAUGGCGAGGAUUUUCGAGUACUUCGUGAUGUGUGGGAUCGGCCCCGAGAUUCGGACGCUGUACGAGGAGAAAGGAUUCCAUGGGACCGGCAUCAUGUACUUGCCCUCCUUGCUCGAUCAGUACCCGCCGUCCGAUCACAAGCUAUACUCUUCUCCGCCUCCUCAGCUCCCUACGUGUGUGUUGCCAGCUGGGGUGGCUUUCUAUUCGUCGGGUUUCGAUUCCAAUGAUCCCUCGACUUUCCCACGGAGCUACCCGAUAGUCCUUACUGAUGGAGAUGGAUCAAAAAUUUAUGUUAGCUGUAUUGCUUUUCGCGAUCCAGUCAGCGAGGACAUUGCUGAAGCUUAUCAUAUACCAGCAAAUUCAUUUGCUGACAAAUGUAUAUGUCUUGUUUCACGGUCCCCGAGCUUUAAUGUGCUACGAACUUCCCUUGAGGAAAUAUUUAUGCUUUGCUUCUCUUCGAGUGGAAGUAGCAACUUCCAGCAAACCAUUAUGGGAGGUGAUAGCAGGUGUAGUAUCAAAUGUUCCUUUGCCCACUCCGGGAAAGGAUCGAGUAUUGUUCGCCAUCGAGAAUUCAUUACUCUCAGUGGAGGCUCCACCUAAAGAUGGGCUUCCUCAUGUCGAUAUUUCAUUUCAGCCUAUCAUCCAGUGCUUGGAUGUUGACAAUUUAAUUAAGCUUUUUACAGCUGUGUUGCUUGAAAGACGAAUUUUGCUCCGAUCAAACAAGUACUCUCUUUUAACUCUCGUGUCAGAAGCCAUAUGCCAUCUGAUUUAUCCAUUUAGAUGGCAGCAUGUCUACAUUCCAUUGCUAUUUUUCAGUGGAGUAGACUAUAUAGAUGCUCCAACACCAUAUAUGAUGGGUCUACAUUCAGGUGUUGAUACGUCCACUCUAGCUAUGGAUGGUGUAGUUGUUGUUGAACUUGAGUAUAACCGCAUCACAACAUCGGAGGAAAUACCUCCUAUUCCAGAACCAGAGUUAAGUUCUUUGCGUGAAGAGAUAACCAAAUUGUUGCAUCCCAAUGUUGUUGGGAUAGAUCUCAUGAAGGCUGAUUUAGGUGGUUCAUAUGAGCUGUAUUCCAAAGCUGGCAAAAAGCCAUGGGGAGAAGACCAUGAUCUUCAACUCAGGAUGAUUUUUCUGAAGUUCUUUGCAUCCUUACUAGGGGGCUACCGCAAUUUUAUUGAAAAUUCUGCAACACAAGUAUUCAACAAUCAAGCAUUUCUAAAGAAACGCUCCCGCUCAACCAAUGAACCACCCGGGCCAAUGAUCACGCAGUUUUUGGAGUCUCUUGGUUUCUUGGACUACUUGGAGAGAGGUCUCGGUUCUGAUGAAAACGGGGCGAAUCUCCUUGACAAGUUACAAGAUGCAAUUGGAAGGGGACAAAAUCCUACUUCAAUUCUUCCUUCAUCUUUGGCGGAGCCUGAGAUCAUAACAAUAUCAGAUUCUGAUGGUGGAACAUCAGGAUCUGGUGCCAAGUACACCUAUGAUAGAUUUCCUUCAAACAUCAGAACAGAAGAGCAAGAAGAGAGGAGAAAGCAGAUUCUGGAAGCUGCAAGUAGAAGCUUUGAUUACUCAGCCAAGCAUGGUCCUGGCUCACCCGUUGUGUUGGUUGCAAAGGAUUCAAAGGCUGAAACUCUGAGUCCAAUGGAGAGGGCUGCUGAGAGGGAGCGCAUGGUAUUGGAUAUAAAAGUUAAACUUCAGGGCCUAUGGCUGCGACUUCUUAAACUUGGAGCAACUGAUGAUCCUCUUUCAUCCUUUGAAUAUGGCACCAUCCUAGCUUUGAUUGAAUCUGAUGCUGAGGGCAUCGGUGGCAGUGGCUUCGUUGAAUGUAUAAGAGAGCACAUUAAUUCAGGAUGGCAAGGUCAAUUGACUGAUGAACAGUUUAUUGCCGUAAAAGAAUUGCUGAAAACAGCAAUCGGCCGUGCAACCUCUAGGAAUGAUGUAUUGACAAUCAGGGACGCCCUCGAAGUUUCUGCUGAAAUGUUUAAGAAAGAUGCUAAUAAUGUUCCUGACUACAUUCAGCGCCAUCUUAUAUCUUUGUCAAUAUGGGAGGAACUGAGGUUUUGGGAAGGUUAUUUUGACUAUCUCAUGGAUCGAUCUUCAAGCAGUGCCGUCAAUUAUGCAAUUCAGGUGUCAACCCAGCUAAUUGUAGUGGCAUCGCACAUGGCUGGCCUGGGACUUCCUGAUAUGGACGCUUGGUACAUGAUUGAAACCAUAGCAGAGAAGCAGCAAGUCGGAUAUAAACAAUUUAUCAGACUCAGAGGAUUCUUGUCACACGUUCAGCAAGUGCGAGUUGGUUAUUGGGGAAUAUCAUCUGUUAAAGCCCAGUCAUUGUCGUCCCAAGGCUUGCAUUCUCCUCGAACUAAAGAUAGCAUAGAUGAGGGUCAGCAACCUGCUGAGGCUUCUGGCGUUGGAAGGAGCUGGGUCCAGAGCAUGUUCAGCAGAGACACGUCUUCACGAACGCAUUCAUUUAGUCGUGUUCGUGGAUGGACUUCCGAUGGUGGUGCUUCCGUUGCGGAGAAUGGAACACCUCGAAAACAAGACCCAACUUCUGCUGCUCAGAAAAAAGUCCAAACAAGUAUUCGUGUACUCAGGGGCCAUAGUGGUGCUGUAACUGCACUACACUGUGUUACUAGAAGAGAAGUUUGGGAUCUUGUGGGAGACCGUGAAGAUGCAGGUUUCUUUAUUAGUGGCAGUACAGACUGUUUGGUUAAAAUCUGGGAUCCUAGUCUCCGUGGUAAUGAAAUGAGGGCUACUCUGAAAGGACAUUCCGGAACUGUCCGUGCCAUAAGUUCUGACAGAGGAAAGAUCGUCUCAGGAGCUGAUGAUAACUCUGUCAUUGUUUGGGACAAGCAAACAUAUGAGCUUCUGGAAGAGCUGAAAGGCCACGAUGCUCAGGUGGGCUGUGUCCGCAUGUUAUCGGGUGAAAGAGUCCUCACUGCUGCCCAUGAUGGAACUGUGAAGAUGUGGGAUGUGAGGACUGACACUUGUGUGGCAACUGUCGGUCGUUGCGCAAGUGCCGUUCUUUGCAUGGAAUAUGACGAUUCAACGGGAAUUUUAGCUGCUGCUGGAAGAGACGCUGUUGCCAACAUCUGGGAUAUUCGUGCGGGCAAGCAAAUGCACAAGCUUUUAGGGCACACGAAAUGGAUCAGGUCCAUUAGAAUGGUGGGUGACACUCUGAUUACUGGUAGUGAUGAUUGGACAGCACGAGUUUGGUCUGUUUCCCGAGGAGCGUGUGAUGCAGUUCUAGCAUGCCAUGCAGGCCCAAUAUUGUGUGUUGAAUAUUCUGCGUCAGAUAAAGCCAUAAUUACAGGUUCAAGUGAUGGCCUCAUCAGAUUCUGGGGAAACGAGGAGGGAGGUAUAAGAUGCAUGAAGAAUGUGACUAUCCAUUCAUCUGCUAUAUUGUCGAUAAAUGCGGGGGAGCACUGGCUAGGAAUUGGAGCAGCCGAUAAUUCACUGUCUCUCUUCCAUCGGCCGCAAGAGAGGAUGGGCUUCUCGAGCUCUGGUUCGAAAAUGCCCGGGUGGCAACUCUACCGAACCCCUCAGAAAACAGUAGCUGUGGUGAGAUGCGUGGCUUCGGACCUCGAAAGAAAAAGAAUUUGUAGUGGCGGUCGUAACGGCCUCCUUAGGCUGUGGGAUGCAACCAUCAACAUCUAAAUUACCCUCUGCCCCCCUGCGAUGCCCGUUCCCUAGUAUUUCCUACGAAGUUGCUUAAACAGUUUUCCCUUUUUACGAGCUUGGUUGAGCCGUAAAUCAUGUACGAAUGGAAAAAACUCGAGCUGAACCAAAAUUUUGCUUUCCUUGGCCUUUGGUAUUCUGCGUUACACAUAACAGCAGUAUGUACAAGUCUUUCUUUAGAAUCUGUGAACUCAUUGGAGAGAAUGAUGAGGAGCUUUGUGGUGGUUUUUCAUUGCA